AUGUGUGAUGCAAGUGAUCGAAGUGUGGGAGCCGUUCUUGGCCAAAGAAUAGAUUUGAAAUAUUUCAUUGGGAAGAAGGAGGCAACACCUCGACUGAUUAGGUGGAUUCUGCUCCUACAAGAGUUUGAUUUUGAAAUUCGGGAUAAAAAGGGUUGCAAAAUCUUAAUAGCUGACAAUCUGAGUCGAUUACCGGUUCCAGUAGACGACACACCAUUAAAAGACAACUUCCCUGAUGAAAACCUAUUUUCAGCAAAUACAGUUCAUCCUUGGUGCGCAGACAUAGUAAAUUAUCUCGUUACAGGUACUGUUCCUUCAGAAUUACCAAGGUCUAAAAAAGAUAAGAUAAAAAAGGAUGCACUGUACUACAUUUGGGACGAUCCUUACCUUUGGAAGCAUUGCUCCGAUCAGUGGAUAGAGGCAAAGGCUACUCGCAAUGAUAAUACUAAGACUGUGGUUGACUUUCUUAAAAGUUCUAUCUUUUCCAUGUAUGGCACCCCACGAGUAUUAAUCAGUGACAGAGGAACUCAUUUCUGCAAUAAGCUCGUAAGUGCACUUAUGGAGAAAUAUGGAGUGACUCAACGAAUUGCCACUGCUUACCAUCCACAAACAAACGGGCAAGCCGAAGUGUCAAAUCGUGAAAUCAAGUCCAUCUUGGAGAAAUCUGUUAAACCUAACAGAAAGGAUUGGAGCUUGAGACUAAAUGACGCACUUUAG